AUGGAGAAAGAGAUUUGUGCAAGACAUGUUUCAAGAGAAGGGACAGGAUGUGUUUGGUUGUUUAUGAACAUGUUUGAUCUUAGACAUGGUGGAUCUAACCAGAAGCUAUUGUUGGAUAAGAAACGUGGUAGCAAACGAAUCUUAGGUAUUGAGACUAAGGUUGAAAAGCAGCUUACCUGUGACUGUGAGAAGAGUGUCAAGAAACUUAUUGAAGAGGAGAUUGAUGAGACGACUAAGCAAAAGUGUGAUACUAAAUGCAGAGGAAGGACCUGCAGCAAAACCAGUGAGAGCAUCACUGGUGAUGAUGAUCAUGCAGAGAAGAAACCUGAUGCUGAUUCAAUAAAUGAUGAUGAGUCGGAAGAGAAGUUUAGUGAGUUGAUAAGGCGUUUGAUAGCUCAGAAGGAGAGCGAGGUAGAGAGCUGCAAGAAUCUUGUGGAUGAUGAUUCUAAAGAAGAAUCAUCAUUCCUAAACAUUGGUAGUUCACCAGUUUCCGGAAAUUCUCAGAGAAUCAAAGAGACAAGCUCUACAAAUGAAAGCAGAACACAAACAAUUGUGGUUUUGAAACCUGAACCAAGUUGCUUGAAUCUUGGUUCAUCACCUGGAAGACAAGCUACAAGAAGCAAGGCCAAGAACGAAAGAUCCGGUUCUCGCUUCACUCUCAGUAGAAUCAGAAGAAGACUAAAAUCUGCAAAGAAUCCAUGCAAUGCUCAACAUGAAUCUGAUCAAGAUCCAGAUGCAUUGUCGUCAUCUAACAUGAGUCAUAACUCUUGUUUGGAAGAGGAGAUAGAGACUAGUUCCGGGAGACAUGUUUCAGACAGAGGAGAAGUAUUGGCUGAAGUUAUUAAAGAAGGUCCAAAGAAGAGUAUGUGUGGUAUAUACAUUACAGCCAAGAAACACCUCUCUGAGAUGCUUGCAGAAGGAGAGAUGGAUGUUGAUUCACCGGAUAAGGAAGUGCCAAGAAUCCUAGGAAAGAUUCUUGCUCUCCCUCAGUUCUCCACACCAGAAAACAGUCCAAGAAUGACAUUGGCACAUGACUUUGUUGAUCACCAGAUAACCGAGGAACCAAAGAUUCAACAAUGCAUUUCAGAAGAUUACAAUGAGACACUUGGAUUGGAUUCAAACAAACAUGAAGAAACAGCUUCUACAGGUGUUUCAAGGAAAGAAGAGAAGGCUGUCUUGGAUCCGUUGUCUGCAGAAAUUAGCUUUUCCAUUAUCCACCAAGAUGCAUAUGUUGGUGAAGACAAGUUUGAAACUCAUGAUGAAAAUGAGCAUAGACAACACUUGGAAAAGGAAACAGAUGACGAGAAACAUUCACCUUGUUCACCACCAAGUUCUUCAGUUAAAAUGUCUGAGUGUUGCCAAGACAAUACCACUGAUGUGCCAGGAAAGUCAAGUCCUGUCUCUGUGCUUGAGCCCUUGUUUACAGAUGAUGACACAAGUCCAAGUACUUCCAGGUUCUCUUCAGUUGAAAUGAGGUUGAAACCUCUGUGCAUAAGAUUCGAAGAACUUGACUCUCCAAGACUUGAGAAAGACAACAAUGCAAAAACUAGAAUGGAUGACAAGGAACUGACACUUGCAUACAUUCAAGAUGUGGUGACAUCCUCAGAGUUAAACUGGGAAGAACUUUUAGCCAGAUCGUUUUACUCAGAGCAGGUUCUUGAGCAGGCCUUAAUGGAUGACAUAGACUUCUGUUCUACAACCUUCUGCAGUGAUAAGAAACUCCUCUUUGAUUGUAUCAAUGAAGUUCUUAUUGAGUUCAGUAGGCAUGGUCCUUGGAUCUCAUUAGCCAAACCAGGAGUCCGGUUUUGUCCAGACAUGGAAAAUUCUGUUGAAGUGGUGCAAGAAGAGGUUUACUGGCAUCUCUUACCUUUGCCUUCUCCUCACACAUUAGACCAGAUAGUGCGCAAAGACCUGGCUAGGACUGGAUUCUGGAUGGAUCUCAGAUUCGAUAUCGGAUGCAUCGGUUCUCAAACAGGUGAAAUAAUCCUUGAAGAACUAUUAGAUGAGAUAAUCAGCAGCUUCACAGACUUGUUCCAGUAAACAAAACAUCAAUGCAGUCACUACCAGAAAGAUACACAUGAUCAUCAAGAGGCUUCUUUGUUUACUAUGUACAGUAUCACUUCCACUUCCAUGUACAAGCUCUAGUUUCUUUUCUUGUGCAGAUACAUACAGUCACAGCUUUUACUACCCCAAAGACUGUAAAACUCUUUUUUCAUUUUUUUUCAUUUUGGCUUCUGUAGAGUUUUGAGUGUUAUGUUGUGAAUGUUAAGCUGUAUGUUGUUAUAUGAGGAUGAAUAAGAUGAGGCU